UUUUCUCUCCCAGUCUUUACAUGUGCACCGGACGCACAGCUCUCUCCCAAGCGGACACUGCAGGGGAAGAAACGAACGAGCCCACCAUGGAAUAGGAAUACUGCUGGACAAAACGGGGGAAAAACCUCUCUCAUCUUUCUUCUUUCCCCUUCUUUUCCUUGUCGCCUUUUUCUCUCUCAGCAUCUCCCCCUCUCCCUCUCGAUGUCUCUCAACAGUUUCUGAAGGGAUUGAAGGAAAGAAAAAUGAGGAUUAUUAUAUUUUCUUGGCACUUUCUCGGGGUGUAUUCCGCCCUUUGGGGGCUGACGACAGGGGCUUUCCCCAGCUCAGUGCAGAUAGGUGGGUUGUUCAUUAGGAAUACUGAUCAGGAGUACACAGCUUUUCGACUAGCUAUCUUCCUACACAAUACCAGCCCAAAUGCUACGGAAGCUCCCUUUAACCUGGUCCCACACGUCGACAAUAUAGAGACUGCCAACAGCUUCGCCGUAACCAAUGCAUUCUGUUCUCAGUAUUCGAGGGGGGUCUUCGCCAUCUUCGGCCUUUACGACAAGCGCUCGGUGAACACGCUGACAUCGUUCUGUGGUGCCCUGCACAUCAGCCUAGUGACGCCCAGCUUUCCCACUGAAGGAGAGGGACAGUUCACCCUUCAGCUGCGGCCGUCCAUAAGAGGGGCUUUGCUGUCACUGUUGGACCACUAUGACUGGAGUCGAUUUGUCUUCCUCUACGAUACAGACAGAGGUUAUGCAAUACUGCAGGCAAUUAUGGAGAGAGCGGGGCAGAACGGAUGGCAGGUGAGUGCUAUCUGUGUGGAGAGUUUCAAUGAGGCAGCAUACCGACGACUCCUGGAGGACCUGGACCGACGUCAGGAGAGGAAAUAUGUCAUUGACCUAGAGCCUGAGAGACUACAGAGCAUCUUAGAACAGGCUGUCAGUGUGGGGAAGCAUGUCAAAGGUUACCAUUACAUCAUAGCAAACCUGGGUUUUAAGGACAUAUCUCUGGAGAGGUUCAUGCACGGCGGGGCUAAUGUGACAGGUUUCCAGCUGGUGGACUUCAGCAGGCCUAUCGUUAUCAAACUGAUGCAGCGCUGGAACAAACUUGAUCAGAGAGAGUACCCGGGAUCUGAAAGCCCACCUAAGUAUACCUCAUCUCUAACGUAUGAUGGCGUCCUUGUGAUGGCCGAGGCCUUCCGCACCCUUCGCCGUCAGAAAAUUGACAUUAGUCGCCGUGGUAACGCUGGUGACUGCCUGGCCAAUCCGGCUGCUCCCUGGAACCAAGGAAUAGAUAUGGAGCGGGCACUCAAACAGGUGCGCAUUCAGGGCCUGACUGGGAACAUUCAGUUUGAUCACUACGGUCGAAGGGUCAACUACACCAUGGACGUGUUUGAACUAAAGAGCAACGGACCACGCAAGAUUGGCUACUGGAACGACAUAGACAAACUUGUGUUGGUCCAGAAUGAAAAUGCUCUGUCCAAUGACAGCUCAGCGAUGGAGAACCGGACAGUUGUUGUGACAACCAUCAUGGAGGGUCCCUAUGUGAUGCUGAAGAAGAACUGGGAACUUUAUGAAGGCAACGACCAGUUUGAGGGAUACUGUGUGGACUUGGCCUCGGAGAUCGCCAAGCACAUUGGAAUCAAAUACAAGAUCUCCAUCGUGCCAGAUGGGAAAUAUGGAGCCAGAGAUCCGGAGACGAAGAUAUGGAACGGCAUGGUUGGAGAGCUUGUGUAUGGGAAAGCAGAAAUUGCUGUGGCCCCGCUGACCAUCACUCUGGUGAGAGAAGAAGUGAUUGACUUCUCGAAGCCCUUCAUGUCUCUGGGAAUCUCCAUCAUGAUCAAGAAGCCCCAGAAGUCUAAACCAGGUGUUUUCUCUUUCCUGGACCCACUGGCCUACGAGAUCUGGAUGUGCAUAGUGUUCGCUUACAUUGGAGUCAGUGUUGUGCUGUUUUUGGUGAGUCGCUUUAGCCCUUACGAGUGGCAUGCAGAGGAACCAGAGGAAGGCACAGCAGAACUGGGCCCCACUGACCAACCUCCCAACGAGUUUGGCAUCUUCAACUCCCUCUGGUUCUCUCUGGGAGCCUUCAUGCAACAGGGCUGUGACAUCUCACCACGGUCUCUGUCUGGACGUAUUGUUGGAGGUGUUUGGUGGUUCUUCACGCUUAUCAUCAUCUCCUCUUACACAGCCAAUCUGGCUGCUUUCCUCACUGUGGAGAGGAUGGUCUCACCUAUAGAGAGUGCAGAGGACUUGGCCAAACAGACAGAGAUAGCCUACGGGACACUGGACUCAGGCUCUACAAAGGAGUUCUUCAGGAGGUCCAAAAUAGCUGUGUACGAGAAGAUGUGGUCAUAUAUGAAGUCUGCCGAACCAACCGUCUUCACCAAAACCACUGCGGAGGGCGUGGCAAGGGUCCGUAAGUCCAAGGGGAAGUACGCUUUCCUCCUGGAGUCAACCAUGAACGAAUACACGGAGCAGCGCAAGCCUUGUGACACCAUGAAAGUCGGGGGGAACCUGGACUCCAAAGGAUAUGGGAUUGCCACUCCGAAAGGCUCACAGUUAAGAAACGCGGUCAACCUGGCCGUUCUAAAGCUCAACGAGCAGGGCCUGUUGGACAAAUUGAAAAACAAGUGGUGGUAUGACAAAGGAGAAUGUGGCAGCGGGGGAGGGGAUUCCAAGGACAAGUCGUCCCAGGCUCUGAGCCUGUCCAACGUUGCCGGGGUCUUCUACAUCCUUGUGGGCGGCCUGGGCCUGGCCAUGCUGGUGGCCCUGGUCGAGUUCUGCUACAAGUCACGGGCCGAAGCCAAGCGCAUGAAGCUGUCUUUUUCUGAAGCCAUGCGGAACAAGGCCCGUCUGUCCAUCACAGGAAGUGUGGGGGAGAAUGGCCGCGUCUUAACGCCAGACUGCCCCAAAGCCGUGCAUGCUGGCCACGCCUCCCUCCGACACCCCGGCCUUGCAGUGGUCUCCUCUGGACUGCCCUGAAAACCAAAAACACCUGCCGUGCCUUAAUGACACACAAACAUAUAGACUUCGAAAAGGACACACACACAUACCCACAUGUGCUUACACAUAAUCACACACAUAAAACAUGCAUAUAAUUACAUAUACUUAAAUGCAAAUACUCAGAUCAGAGACACUGAACACACAUUUUUACACACUUGAAUACACAAACACAAUGCGCAUCAUCAUCUCACUUUCCUGCUGCCAUUGACUUAUUUCACAAGAGACAAGGGAAACUGUGGCGUGGGAACAGUGGAGAAAAACAAAAACAAAGGACGACUAUGACUAUCACACUUGCCUGCAGCAUUUGUUUUAUUAUUUUUCGGAAGGAUGCCAUCCUGAUAUCGACAAACCAACAGGAAAGCCAGCACAGACCUAAAUGAACUACGAGCUGUGAACAUGCCCACAAAAUGGAUGAUGAUGAUGAUAGUGAUAAAGAUGAUGUUCACAGCUGACAGAAAAACAAAAGACAACCAACGAACAUCUGUUUCUGCUGUCUUCAUUGGACGAUGUUGGCCAACAAGCCACACCCCUCGACAACGCCUUACUAAGACUACAAAACAUUGUUUUCAUCAUGGUCAUCAUCAUCUUUUAACUUGCCUGCAGAGACUGAGUGCCAGGUAUCAUCACCCUUAGAAGACCAGAAAACUGUAACCUUGAACGUUCAGACUGAGAAAAACUCGCUACUUUGCCAUGGACUGUUCAAACUGAAUGAAAAUGCUUUCUUACUACGCAUAUAGAAUGACUUCUCGCCCCAAACCAGCGAGAAAUAAUCAGCCAAUAUAGAACAGAAGUAACCUCGAAACAUACGUGUGGCUGAUCUCGGCCACAGAAUUCACAGGGGUUUGUAAAAGAAAAAAAAAACAAUAGUAAUUAAAGAAGUCCUUCAUCAACAGCAUCGUCAUGACAGUAGAAAUGCUAAAUAGCAAAUUCAUUAUUACUUUUUGCCGAGUGACAAAGGCGAGGUUUAAACUGUAUAUUCAGUCAUGGAAAGAAAAAAUAAAACACAUGGGCAGAUCUCAUAUGGCUACCUUACAAAGUGCUUCUCAACCUGAACACUGGGAUCUUAUAGAAGCUUGCAACAUGAAUGAUGGAGGAAAUGGGAAUAAAUAUGGUGAUAAAACAUUUUGGAUAAAACUGUUCACCUGUGCAAACAAAUCCAGCCCCUUGAAUAAUUAAUCCAAAUAACCGGGCAAUUGAAAAGGAAAAUCAAAGUUCAGAAUUCUUUUGCCCACACUAGGGCGACUAGAGUAGUAAACUCUUUGUGUCAAGGGCCAUAAUAAGGUUGAGAACUGCUGGUCUAUGCUGUGUGCGCUUCAUUUUACUUAAAGACCUACAGGUGUUAUUUUCAAUUUCUCUAAAUGUAAUGAGUCUAAAGGGCAGUUUGGUCAUCAUUUGAGAUCCUCAGUCUUUUCCAGUGGCCCGGAGAUAGAUACCACAUCAGAAAGCUUGCGUUUUAAAACUGUUGUAAAUAACUGCGUAGCAAAACAGAACUCACUUGUCUUUUUUAAUCAUCUUAGAUAACAAUUCAUUGCAAUAAUGAAUAUGAAAGAAAAAUGCCACUACUUGUAAUUAAGAUCAAAUCUUUUUUAUAAAUCUACAUAUUAUAUAUAAUUCAAAUAAAUAUAUAUCUAUACGUCUAUAGAGAACUAUAGAAAACAUUGAUCACAGAUUGUCAGAGGCCAUGGCAUACAUUCUGUUAUAUGGCUGUUUUUUGAUAACUUGAGAAUAUUGAUAUGCCACCAUCUAUGUGUGUCCUACUCAACACUGAAUGUCCAUCUGGCACUCACACGGACACAUGCGUAGAAACACACGCACACACAUUGUUGCAUACACAGGGUCAGCUCAGAGUGAUCACUCCAGCACCAUGAGAGGUUCAGACGUUUUUAUUUUUGCCUGUCUGUCUGUAUCACGAGUAUAUAUUCACUGUUUUUCAUUGUCUAACCAUGUUUUUACUCCCAAAUCUUCUGUUGGUGGGCUACAGCAUGCAGAUGCCAGUAUUCAAUACUGAAGCUGAUACGAUGAGAUCUCCUUUAGGCAGGCCUCUGGAGAGGAUGUGAUUACUGUACUUUAGGGAAACAGCGCUGUCUGACAUUUGGAGAGUGUAGCAUUUGUGUUGCAUUUCAUAUUGCUUCAGUGCUUUUUGUUAUUUGUUUUCUCGCCAGAUGUGAGACAAAUGAAAUCCAACACGAGUUCAAACUGAGCAGGGGUUUGCACUUUUUGGCGACAUGAUUGGAUCCCUCAUGCCAGGCAAGAGCAAUCAAUUCUAAAAAAAAUUAAAAAAUCUGUUAUUUACGGUAUAACAGCCUGUUUUGGCACAUCCACUUACUGCCAGCCAAAAAUAUACAUCGCAUUAAUAACUGAGGAACAAUUAGGAAAAGAAAAAAAUUAUUUUUUUCAAAUUACAGUGUUGCUGUUUAGUUCUUUAAAUACAAAUUAGCAUAGUGGUGAUACUUACAUAGAGAUUGUGUCAUGAUACAGUGAUAAUGUAGGUGGUAAUGAAAUAUUGUAUUUUCUGCCCCAAGUCUUCCCACGUAUUUGUUUUUAAAUUCUACUGUUUUAUUUCCAAUGCCCUACCUCCCACCUUUCAAUUCUUCCUUGUUCCUCCUGCUUUCGUCUCCCCUCCUGUCCCGCUGUAAGACAGAACUCUCUGUGCAAAGUGCAUCUCAGCAGAGACAAAUUACUUUAUUUUCUCCCCUGGUACGCUGCAAAAUAAUGUGAUAGAGAUGAAUUGGAAACAUGAGACACCAAUUGACAAUCUGAGUUUCUUGGUUUCUUGAUUUUUGUUUUCAUACCUUUUACGUUGUAAACUUUAACAUUUCGCAAAAAAAAAAAAAAAAAAACAGAAAAAACUUCCACACUUACCUCAUCUCUGUCCCGCAUCAAAGGUAUUCCAGCCUAUAUAGAAAAACAUAUCUCAAAACAACAAGUAUAUCAAACCCUUUUUUUAUGGUUGAAACAAACAAGGUAGACGGUUUCCAAUCAAUCUCUCAGCCCAGUGGAUCAGUGCAGGAGUAUACUGCAUCAAUCCACCAUGAGAGAAAUAAUGGAAACAGUUUCUACAGUGGAUACAUUUGUUAAGAGACAGCUAACACUGAUCUAGCUAUCACCACACCAGACACAUCAGGCAGUUGAACAAUACACAAGACUGUUGUGUUUAUUUCUUUGCCACCUCCAGCAUAUGAGAUUUCAUGCAUAGACAGCAAAAAGCUGACUGCUGGGCUGUCAACACUCUGGCUUUAACACACCGUUUCUUUCCUUCUUUUGCUUUUGUUUUGUCUUUCCAUUUGGUUUCUUUUUCUAGUAAAACAUCAAUGCUGAACCUGC